UUCAACCUGUUGAAAAAAACAAACUAAUUCCUCAGCCGGCAGAGUGACGCACUGGUCCUAGUUUUCAAAUUCUUGAACGUUUUAGCUUCUUAAUCAAGUCAAUUUGACCUUAGUAGUCUUUUGUUUGAUAAAAGUCGGGGUUUUAGUGUUAUUUUAUGUGUCAGAAUAAUAUUUUUGUUUUUCCUUCAGAGUUUAAAGCAGCUUUGUUCUUGAGCUGGUGCUGGUGCUGGUUUGUUAGCUCCACCCUGUGAUUAGGGGAGGGCUCUGAUUGUAUGUGCCUGUGUAAGUUUGCAUGUGAGCGCUUAGUGGGAGGUUUCUUUUAGACUGAAACUAUGACCCCAGAAUGCAGGUGUGGUUUUCCGGCUCUUUAGUUUGAAACUAAUGAACCUGCGGGCUGAUAAAAGCGACUCAGCCUGUUAUUGUCAGAGUGUUUCAGAGGGUUGGAUGUGAACCAGGAAGAGAGAGAACAGCAGACAUGGCAGAUCCAGCAGCAGUGGAGGCAGCUCCUGCUCCCAAACAGCAGAACCUGUGCAGGGUCUGUUCAAGUGAACUGAGUGGAGGUCAGCCUACAGCUUGUGGUCACUCUGUUUGCGUCUCCUGUCGAGAGGACAAAACUAAAGGAUGUCCAAAGUGUCUUCAGAGUCCACGUGACACACCUGCUCCUGAGAAUUGCCACAAGCAAAAUGGAACAGCUGCUGCUCCUCAUGGCAGAACCAAGGAACAAAGUCAGGACCCAAAUACUGUGGAGGAAAUAAAGGCACAAGAAGAUCUGAAGGAGUUUGACGACCCCAAAACCCCAGCAGAGAACAAGACAAAGCCAGAACCACAGACAGAUCAGGGGCCAAAACCAGAAGACGUGAAGGAGGACCCUUUGGGUCCCGAUGAUGUGGUGUGUGACUCCUGCAUCGAAACUCCCUGCAGGGCCCUGAAGUCCUGCCUCACCUGCAUGGUGUCCUACUGUGAGGCCCAUCUCCGGCCUCACCUGGAGAACCCAAAGUUUCAGAACCACCGGCUGAUGGAACCGCUCAAGGACAUCGAAAGGCGUACCUGUGAGAGCCACAAGUGGCCCCUGGAGCUUUUCUGCUGCGCAGACAUCUACUGCAUCUGUCAGGACUGUUUAAAAGAGGAGCACCGAGGCCACAAGACGGUUCCUGUAGGGGAGGCUCGGAGACAGAAAGAGAAGGAGCUGAGGGAGAAACAGACAGAGAUGGUGAAGAUGGUGACGGCAGGAGACAACGCCAUUAAUAAACUCCAAGACAACAGAGCGUCUAUUGAGCAAUCAGUGACAAAGGUACAAACGGUGAUCGAGAGCCAGUUCCAGGAGCUUCAGGCAAUGGUGGAGAGGGCCAAGAAGGAGGUGACUGAGAUUCUGGAGGGCGAGGAGAGCAAGGCACUGAAGCAGGCCGAUGGCAUCCAGGUUCACCUGGAGCAGAGGUGCACAGAGCUGAAGAAGACUCAGGCCCAGAUGGAGAAGCUGUCAAAAAAUAAAAAUGACAUUGACUUCCUGCAGGAAUAUGCUGUGUGGAAGAAAGAGGCCACUGAUAACUCUCUAUCUGGCAUCUACAUUAGCCUGGAGGACCGUUUGGACUCCUUCAGCCGUGUGAUCCAGGAGUCCACAAAAAAUCUUUGUGACAUGCUGUUGUGUACAUACAUUCAGAAGGUCAAGGAGAAGUGCAAUAAUGACGAAAUAGGAAUAAGGCUAACAGUUCAAAAAAAUACUGCAGCGAAACAUGACCUAUCCAAACCCGACCCAAAGACACGUUCUGAACUUCUCCAAUAUGCUGCUCAAGUAAGUUUUGAUGCUAACACAGCUCACAAAUUCCUCCGCCUGACCGAGGACAACAGGAAGGUGACUAAUAGCACCCCCUGGCAGCAUCCUUAUCCUGACGUUCCCGAACGCUUUGAGAACUGCCGCCAGGUCCUGGCUGCUGAAAGCUUCUAUGUAGGUCGCCACUACUUUGAGGCUGACAUCAGCGGCGAGGGUACGCAUGUCGGCCUCACAUACAACAGCAUCGACCGCAAAGGCGAUGAGAGUGGCAGCUGUAUAAAAGGAAACAACUUCUCCUGGUGUCUCCAAUGGAACGGGCGAACCUUCUCAGCAUGGCACAGCAAUGUGGAGACGCCGCUGAAUGUGGAGAGGUUUACUCGAAUCGGCGUUUACAUUGACUAUUCGCAAGGCCAUCUUUCAUUCUAUGGGGUGAACGAGACCAUAACACUCCUUCACCAGUACAAGGCCCAGUUUCUAGAGCCUCUGUAUCCAGCUUUCUUUCUGCCAAAAAAGGACAAUAUUGUAGUUCUGGUGGCUCCUGGGGAUCCGUUACCGCUGAAAAGCCCCUCCCCUUCCAACUCCCCAGCAGAUGGAUCUAUUCUUCCACAAACCUAAACAAAAAGGGCAAGAAAACCAAGCUGUUACAUCAUAAGUGGAAACUUUUGACAUGUUCAACCUCGUUAUGGGUUUAGUUGGAUAAUCAGUAUUUUCCAUGUGUUAAUGAAUUAUAUUUGUGGCUUUGGGACAACUGUUACUGGAAAUUUUCCUUUACUGUUUUGUAUGUAAAUAAAAAUGUAUUUAUCA